AUGUCUUCCUUCGAAAGAAGUAAACCAUCAAAUUUCAAACAAAAUCGAAACUGGGGAAUAAGAAAUAAUGCUGUUGAUAAGCGUGAUAGCAAAAAUAUUAGUAAUAAAUUCCAAAAGAAAGCAGUAGCACCUAACAUCCGUAAAGAUUUCAAUAAUAAUAACGAAAAUUUUAAACAUAAAAAGUUUAAUAGUAAUAGUAACAUAAAUGACCAUAAGAAUUAUAACGAAACUCAAAACAAAAAGUUAAUUCAAAGCAUCAAAGAGGCGGACUCGCAUGAAAAAGAUAUACUUUCUACGGGUAGCGAUAAAAAAGUUUUGUAUAGUUUGAAUAGGUUGUGCGGCGGGUACCUCUGUAAAUACCCAAGUGUUUAUUCAAAGAAUUCAAAGUAUUUGAUCUGUUCCAAUGAAAACACAAUCAAAGUAUAUACUUUGACAACGGGGGAUUGUGUGAAAACGUUAUCCGUGGUGCCACAGUGUGGUGGGCAUACAAACGAAAUUACCUCCCUUGCUAUCGAUCCAAAUGAUCCGUCGUUGCUAUAUUCUUCAUCGUUGGACGGGACAAUUAAAAUAUGGAAUCUUGACAAAGCAGUAUUGUUGGAGACUUUGGAUUUAAAAUGUCCGAUAUAUCACAUGAUGGUGGAUCCUAAACAUUCAAAAGAUAUUUAUAUAUUCACGGAAAUAAGUUCUUUUGAUUCGGUUUCGUUGAACUUAAACUUAUUUGACGAUUCGGAAGAUGACAAAGACGAUUCGCAAAAUUACAAAAGUAAUCAUUUAUUGCGCAUACACCGAGUAAAUAAUGAAGGAGGACAAUUCGAAUUGACCAAGAUUCUUUCCUUGUCGUCUCGAAUUUCCACUUCUGCUAUUGGUGUCGAUGGAAAAUAUUUGGUCGUAGCUUGUGGGCGUAAUUAUCAAGUUGUUAACUUGGAGAUUGCGCGAAAAGAUUUGCGUCCUGUUGAAUGGCCAAAUCACUUUCAUUCAAGAAGAAUUACUUCUAUCGCAAUCAACUCAUCACGCCCUUGCGUGGCUAUUGGGGAUGAAUUAGGGAUGAUCACAUUCUCGUAUUGUUUGAACGAAAGGAGACCAAAGUUUACUAAAGCUCUGACUCAUUGGCACGCUCAUGGAGUAACUUGUAUGGCAUUUACAAACGAUGGUGCUUAUUUACUCUCAGGCGGUGAAGAGUCAGUCUUAGUGUUCUGGCAAGUAGAAACAGGCCAACGACAAUAUGUACCACGACUCGGUGGUGCAGAAAUCACUUUUAUCACGAUUAGUCCCAAUCAAACUAUCAUUGCUGUUGGAUUGGGGGAUAAUACGAUCAAAGUGUUGUCUAUGAAUCGUGAGCUAAGGCAAGUGAUUCAUGGGCUAAAGUAUGUUCCAAAAAAUGUCUCAAAGAACCCACUUACGGCCGGCUUAAUAGUUGAGCCUAGAAACCAACAUAUAGUAUUGCCCGCUUCCCCGGGCAAUCUUCAAUGGUACGACGCGCAUAACAGUCGACAUAUAAUGGAACAUGAAGUUUCAUUAAGGACUUUAGUCUCGAGAACCGAUGAGGCUGAAAUUACGAUGCCGCAUGUUGACUAUGUGGCGUUUUCUGAGUAUGGCGAUUGGAUGGUUACGGUGGACUCUCGAAACGAUAAAAAAACAACGCCAGACAUUUAUCUAAAAUUCUGGGAAUUCUCUGAUCAUGCAAAAAGUUAUGUGUUAAACACUCUUGUCGAUCAUCCUCACAAUGACUGUUUCAUAACGUCCGUUGCAUUCCGUCCUACAAUCUGGGAAUUGGAAAGGAAAUCUAAAGUUGCUAAACCUGCUAGUAAUACUACCACUACUAAUGAUAACAAUAAAAGCAACACCAAAAACAAAGAUGAAGGCAUACCUAAACAGUCAGCAUAUAAUUGGGUAUGCACAUUCGUCGGCUCAUACCGCCAAGAAACUCCCCAAAAAGCCAUAUUCUCAGAAGACGGAUCCGUAUUAGCAAUUGCAUUAGGGCCGUUCAUCACAUUAUGGGAUCCUAUAUUAAAUGAAUUCCAUGGCGAAUUGAGUCAUGUUCCAUUGACUUUGACUAUCAAAAAUUUGAUGUUCUUGUCCCAGUCAUCACCGUAUUUGGUGUCGACUACCAAGGAUUAUCUGUAUUUGUGGGACCUGGAGUCGUUUUCAAUAAGAUGGCAGUAUAGAAUUCAUGUACCAUAUAUGUCUGCUGAUAAGAAGUCAUCAAAAUUUGCUGUCGCGGCUAUUUGCAAUAACAGCACUUGCGUUUUGGUUUUUGAUCCGCAAACAGCAAUUCCGCGCUCAAUUCGCAUAAUCGUAGGACCCAUAUUAGGACUCGUUUAUCUACCAAAGAAUAUCGAUAAUCAUAUAGAGCAGGAGUCGAGUAUUGUGUUUAUGGAUGAAGAUUGUAGGUUACGUGUUUUGGGACAACGCGUACUAAUUGAUAGUAAUAAUAAGAACGACUUGGAAAAUAUAAGUGAUGAUAAUUUACGAUUAUCUGAUACGGUCGAUUGCAAAGCUUUCUUCUCUGAUAUAUUCGGCACAUCUUCCUCCUGUCAAACUGUGGACGUUGGUUCUCACAUCCCGAUUAAAUCAUUCAAUAAAAACAUACUUGAUGCGUUUAACGCACCCUCACAUCUUAUACCGCCUGUUAACUCGUUGUUUGAUGGGUAUAUGGAGAGUUUGUUGGUGCCAUCUAAACACAAAAUUGACGAUGAGAAAAAUAAAGAAAAGGAAGAUAACGGCGAAUUAUCCGAAAAGGAAAACUACUACGACAAAAAUUUUGACUACUUGACUGAAUUCUUUUUAUCACGAAUCCAAAACACACCAUCAACAUUAGAGAUUCCUCUAUCCAACGACAACACGACUUUGUCUUCUAUAGAAGUAUCGUCAAUGUCGUCUGCCUCGUCGUCGUCAUUAGAAACGCCGACACUAUCACUAUCACUAUCACCAUCACAUUUAAGCAAACCAAGGACAUUACCAUCACAAAUUACCCCAAACGGGGCUAGUGAAAAAUCAAUAAGUAAUAAUAGUAAAAAACGAAAGUUGACAGAAAGUCCAAAUAAUGUGAAUGAUAAUACAUCAAAAAAUGCAAAGAAACCAAAGAAAAUAAAAACUUGA